CAGGCGAAUAACCACCUCACAAACAAAGAAGCCGUAAACCACACUGACAAAGAGCUGACAAGUCCAAAAACAGAGGCCCACAAUGAAAUAAGAAAGCUACAAAGCACUUCAAUUGAAGUCAGCAAUCGUGAAACCACGAAACCAUUGCCAGCGACAAAAUUACAUUGGCGAAACCACUUAACAACAACGAUAUGGCAACAGGACCACGAACAGCACCAAAAUCACCAAAAUGAUGGAUCCACGGAACAACACCAACGAUAA